GUGUUACCCUGGAGACGCAAUGUAGGAAGUCAUUCCAAUGCUUGGCGUUCUUGUUUUGACAGCUACAAGUCCGUGUUAACAUUAAAACGUCGUUACGGUGUCUAUUUCCCGCAUUUAUCUAAGACCUAUAUUCGACACGAAUAAGUGCCCAGAAGAGCUGUUUUUGUGGAUACCAGAGUGCGUCAAACCGACAAGGUAGCAGUCCAUGAGUCGCAGCCGAAACCCACCUCCCCGGGGUCAAGGGGCUUCCCGCGCCAAACAGAUGGGGCUGCUCCUUGAUCUCACCCCGGAAGAGGGGAUGGAUGAUGACGGCAACGAUGAAGAACUCGAGGCAGAGCUUCUGAAUCUGGUGGGAGGAGGAGGAGGAAUUCAAAGAAAAAAACGUGAAAAUAAAGCUCCUGUUCCUAUGGAUGAAAUUGAGCGAAUGGCAGCUCUUUGUAUGAAAGACUUGGAUGAGGAGGAUGUAGAAGAUGAGGACCUGGAUGAUGAAGAUCUGCUGGCAGAAUUGAAUGAAGUUUUGGAGGAUGAAGAAGAAAGCCACCCAGCUCACACCUCACAGACUGGUACACCUACAGCUCCCAAAGCGAGAGUCGCAUCCCAUUCUAGUCCUCCUGUCAACUCCAGCGGCGCAACUGGUCCGGAGUCCCGUCUGUUAGAGCGAAUGGAAAUGUAUAAGGCCGCAAUAUCCAAUGCCACUGCAACUGGGGAAACAAGCAAAGUCCGAAGAUAUGAGCGUGGAUUAAAGACACUGCAGUCCAUGCUUACAUCGGUAAGGAAAGGUAAGCCGGUCAAUGAGGACGAGAUGCCACCUCCUGUUGCUGCAGGCGGAAAACUCUGUGCUGCAGAGCCUGAAUCUACCAAGGAGCGCCAAGUCCCAGAGCCUGUCCUAACGCCCUCCCCUCCAUCCAAUCGAAAACCUACACGGGAGGUGGCGCCAACAGGUCCUAAUACCAAGCAACGCCAUCUAUCUCCACCUCAGAACCUGACGGCGGCUAUCACUCCAGGAACUCCUGCUAUCUCUCCACUCACACCCCAGCAACCCAGCACACAACACUCUGCGCUCAAACAGGUCGUGUUAUCCCGACAGAGGGAGUACAAGGUGGCUGCCAUACAAGCCAAGCAGAAUGGUGACAUCGACCUGGCCAAACGGCAGUAUGUCAUUGCCAAGAACCUGGACUCAUUGGUGGAGGCCAUAGACAAAGGGGAACCAGUAGACCUCAGCUUGCUCCCUCCACCCCCUGGAGAUGUAGUAGCAGAGACCAAUGUACCUCAUUCCUCUAAAGCAGCACCUCCCGCUGCUCCUGCUGCACCCACCCAUUUGCCACCGGCCGACAUUGGUGCUCCCAGUAGUGUGGCAGAAGCAUUGCAGCAGAGGCUGGACAUAUACAAGUCAGCAGCCGAGACGGCUAAGAGCAAAGGAGAAGAUCGUAAAGCCCGCAUGCAUCAGCGUAUUGUAAAGCAAUACCAAGAUUCCAUUAAAGCUCACAAGGCUGGACGACCUGUCAGUUUAUCCGACCUACCCGUACCACCAGGGUGUCCACCAUUACAGGGCUCAGAGGGAGAGCGGCAGAACCUCAUGGGUGUCCUGGAAACGGCGAUGAAAAUUGCCAAUCAGGAUCCAGAUGCAGAAGAGGAGGAGAGUCCAAGACAAUCUGCCAAACCCUCAGCACACCCGCCUGCCCAGAAAGCCAAAUCUCCAACUCCAAGCGGCUCCACAACACUCAAACUAGGAUCCAAAGCCCAACAGCAAGUGGACUUCCUGUUGCUACGGCGACAGGCUUUUUUGCGCGCAGCACUGCGCUCCAAGCAGAUGAAGGACAUGGCGGCAGCGACACAGCACCUCAGACAUGCAAAAGGAUUCGACCCCAUGAUUGACGCCGCCAAGUCUGGCCUUCCUGUUGAUAUUACCAAGAUUCCCAGCAGUCCAGUCAGUGAGGAGGACUACUUGUUGGCUCGUUCACGUACCUCUCCACUUUCUCCUCGCACCAGUGAGCAGUACCACGGCCUCAUGGAUCUUUUGCGGAAGCAGCACGAGAAAUGUAUAAGCUCCUCUCAGCAGUUCACACAAUUGGGCAACGUUGCAGAGGCUCUCAAGUGUGAGAAGCUCUUGGAGGAGUCUUUCAAAAACAUUGAGAUACUGAAGAAUGCCCACGCCAAGGGCCACCCUGUCCCCAAGUGCUGCACAGAGGAGAAGACCUUCAAUGUUGCAAAGAACUACCCCAACGUGGCUGCCAAUGAAAUGCUGCUGUACAUCAUCAGAGGCAUCAACCUGCCAGCUCCCUCAGGGGUCUCACCCAAUGAUCUGGACACCAGCGUCAAGUUUGACUUUCCUUUCUCUAGUGCGGAGGAAGCGCAGAGGGACAAAACCAACACGGUGAAAAACAGCAGCAGUCCGGAGUUUAAAGAGCAGUUCAGGCUUAACAUCAACAGAGCACAUCGAGGAUUUAAACGAGUCAUCCAGUCCAAAGGCAUCAAAUUUGAAAUCAUCCACAAGGGGGGCCUCUUUAAAACAGACAAGGUUUUGGGCACAGCUCAACUGAAACUGGAGGGUCUAGAAAACCACUGUGACAUCCGAGAGAUAAUUGAGGUGAUGGACGGACGUAAAGCCACAGGUGGCAAGCUGGAUGUGCGGGUGAAGCUCAGAGAGCCUCUAUCCGGCGUGGAUCUCCGGCCAGUGACUGAGAAGUGGCUGGUCCUUGAACCCGUCUCCCCACUCUCACCUCCAGAGAGAAAACAAGAACGGGCUCCAUCUCCUCGAGCCAAAGCCAAACAUGAAGCCAGCAGCAGGAGCAGUCACCACAACAACUCCCCUCCUCAGUACAAACUGCACAGCUUCAGCCUCCUCAACUUCGACAAAGAGCGCUUAGAGAGAAAGAUUGCAGAGUACCAAAAGAGCCGACGGGACCCCCCCAGUGAUGUGCUGCAUCAGUACAAAGAGGUCACACACAGGCUGCAGUGGCAAAAGGCGCAACUGGAGGGAGCGUCUCCGGCUCUGCUAACAGAGUAUGAAAAUGUGCUGCGGCGCUUCACCCAAGGACUCACUGACUCUGUGAAGAAGUUCUCAAGUCAAGGCAACAGGGAGGCUGCCAAGGACGCUCUGAGCAGGUUGAAGAUGGUGGAGACUGAGUUGGAAUCCCUGAAAAGGAAACGCGCUGGAUAAGAAGAGAUGAGCAGAGCAACGCAUUGGCUGGUGUACUGUUAUGAGUUAUCAUCUCUUCUUUAUCCUACACUCACACACUUUAGCACUCCACUCUUAAGACCUUUAGCACGGCUCUGCUCAUGUCCGAAAUAGAUGCAUGAUGGCCACUUUUUGUAAAUCUGUGUGAGGUCACACAACAUAUCAUCUGACCACGUUGAAACCAGCAUCUGGUGUGACGUGUGAAAUAUGCCGGCCCUUACUGGCCUUUGUUGACUUCCCGCUAGUACCUUUCACACAGCCGCUCUUCUGUUCUUAUUGCAUGCAUUUUGUAGUUUGUGUAGGUCGGGGUCGUAAUCUGUCUGCUCCAAUGUUUCUAGAUUAUAAUAAUCUGCUUCAUUUGAAAUGCUGUAAUAUUGGGGGGGGGGGGCACAGCCUGUAUCCCAGAAUGAGGGAUUAGUGUUGGUGUCACCAAGGAGACGAACAGAUCGCCUUUGGGGUUAGAAAGGGGGGUGUGUUAACAGACCGAGUGUGUUAGUGGUUCUUCAUCGCCUCCUUCACGUUCACUGUCUUCAUUCACACUAAUUCCUUCACACAAGAUCACAAAUGACUCCUGGUCACGCACCGCUCAAUUUGGCUUUCCAUCUGUCUUAAGAGACUCUAAUAGACAGCUAAGUCCAUAACGUUCUCUAUUACAAAGAAAGUGAUUCAUUCACAUUCAUUGAAAGUGACACUUGGCGUUUACAAAACGUGCUGCUCGGGCUGUUUGCGGUCGUGGUUGUAUUUUUAUUAGCUCGCAGCACAUUCUAAAAAUAUAUCAGGAAAAGAAAACAAACAGCAGAAAGCAUCAAUAGUUUUAUAAUAAUAUAAUUCAUUCAAACUCUUAAGACAAAAAGUUACAAUCUCACAACGAAAAGUUGUAAUUUUACGAGAAUAAUAUUGUAUUAUGAGGAAAAAUAACAUCAUUUUUAGUAGUGUUAAGUUGAAAUAUUAAAGAAACAAAACAAAAUAACGAAGUCAUCAUUUUAAAAAUAAUUAUUAUCCAUCCAUUCUCUAUGCUGGGGUGUGCUGGAGCCUAUCCCAGCUUGAGCCUAUCCCAGAGGGUUGGUCCACCCUGGACUGGUUGCCAGCGAAUCGCAAGGCACAACCAUUCCCACCCACAUUCAUACCUAAGGGCAAUUUGGAGUGGCCAAUUAACCUAGCAUGUUUUUUGGAAUGUGGGAGGAAAGCGGAGUACCCGGAGAAAAGCCAUGCAUGCACAGGGAGCACAUGCAAACAAAUGUGAUUAAAUUGGGAGAGUAGUAAUGAUAAACAUAGCAGUUUGAAAAAGGGCCCAAUUAUGGCUGCUUACAGUUUUGCGGCCUGCAGUGUUCUGCACGUUUACUCACUGCCGUGGUUCCCCUAGGUUCCAUAAGUCCUGGUUCAGCCGUGCAUCACAGUAAGCAGCCAAUAGUGUUGGAUGACAACUGUUAAGUCAUAGGAAUAGUCAUUAUGACUUCAUUGGAACCUGAACUAACGCACGCUUAAACGCCACAUCACCUGGAAACGCCUUGAGUAAGAGGCUGCCUUGUUGUCAUGGUGACCGGCUCAUCAGCAUUCUGUGUGGAUUUUGGAUGGUUUGGGGAGGGCAGAAGGACAUAUUGCAAAAGUUUGCUCAGCUGGUAGCACAGACACACUUGUUAUCCUUCGUCAUCUUGGUCUCUGCAAUGAGGCUACACAACCUUAAAGGAAGCUGCUCCGUACUGAAUGUUUGUCAUUUCAUGCACUACUGUCUGCAUUCCUCUCGGCUUAUUCAACCCAUCAUUGAACAAUCACGUUUGUAUGCUGCUCUCUCAUGUCUGGGCAAUUCAAGAAAUAUUCUAUUUCUAUCAAUAAAAGAAAGAGCGAGGUACGCUCUUAUUUGUGGGACUGAA